AUGUUUCGCUCGACGAAUUUUGAAAAAUUAUUGGAUAAGGCAACAAGUCAUUUGCAGUUGGAGCCAGACUGGCCCACGAUUUUGCAAAUUUGUGAUCUUAUACGUCAGAGUGAUGUUCAGCCAAAGGUUGCACUUGCUGCUAUAAAGAAGAAAAUCACAAAUACUAAUCCACAUGUGGCAUUAUAUGCAUUAUUAGUAUUAGAAUCUUGUGUAAAAAAUUGUGGAACAUUGAUUCAUGAUGAAAUUGCUACUAAGCAGUAUAUGGAACAACUGAAAGAUUUAGUCAAGACUUCUCAGCAUGAAAAUGUCAGACAAAAGACUUUAGAGUUAAUUCAAGCUUGGGCUCAUGCAUUUCGCAAUAGUCCAAAGUAUAGGGCAGUACAGGAUACGUUGAAUAUAAUGAAAACUGAGGGAUAUCAAUUUCCCGUUUUAAAAGAAAGUGACGCCAUGUUCAGAGCUGAUACUGCACCUGCAUGGGCAGAUGGCGAAGUGUGCCAUAGAUGCCGUGUAACCUUUGGUGUAAUGCAACGAAAACAUCACUGCAGAGCUUGUGGCCAAGUAUUCUGCAGUCAAUGUUCAAAUAAACUCUCUACCCUGCCCAAAUUUGGAAUUGAGAAGGAAGUUCGAGUUUGUGAAGCUUGUUAUGAAAAAGUUAACAAGCCAUCUACAGUGCAAACCAAAGAUACUGAUCUUCCAGCUGAAUAUAUUAACAGCACUUUGGCUCAACAACAACAAGUUCCACCUCGGAAGACAGAGGAAGAACUGCGAGAGGAAGAAGAAUUGAACCUAGCAAUAGCUUUGAGUCAAAGUGAAGCUGAACAGAAGGAGAAAGAAAAGAAACGGGCUACAAGUGCUUUAAAAUCCAAUUCUACCCCCAUAUCAAGAAUCACAUAUUCGCCGCCCCCAUCUCCUGGUCCAAGUCCUUCACGGACGCAGGAAGAGGAUGAGAUCGAUCCCGAACUUGCGAAAUAUUUGAAUCGCAAAUAUUGGGAACAGAGACAGACUGUAAUCGAAGAGCACGGAUCAAGAGCGGAUGUGACCAGUCCGUCUGCACCCAACAUAAGCAGUCCGAUGCCCCAAAAAGUCGUACUUAUGAAACAAGAAAAUGGCGAAGUUGAUAAUCAAAUGGAAGAAUUCGUGAGCGGCUUGAGGUCUCAGGUCGAAAUUUUUGUGAACCGGAUGAAGAGCAAUUCCUCAAGAGGAAGAUCAAUCGCUAACGAUAGCUCGGUUCAAACCCUUUUCAUGAAUAUAACAGCUAUGCAUUCCAGAUUACUAAGAUACAUUCAAGAACAAGAUGAUAGUAGAGUGUAUUACGAAGGUUUGCAAGAUAAAUUAACACAGAUGAAAGAUGCUAGAGCCGCUUUAGAUGCUCUUCGAGAGGAACAUAAGGAGAAAUUACGCAGAAGAGCCGAGGAAGCUGAAAGACAACGACAGAUGUUAAUGGCGCAAAAAUUGGCGAUCAUGCGGAAGAAAAAGCAAGAAUACUUGCAGUAUCAACGGCAAUUGGCUCUUCAGAAAAUCCAGGAGCAAGAGAGAGAAAUGCAAAUGCGUCAAGAACAACAGAAACAGCAGUACAUAAUAACUGGUUAUCAAGCGGUGUCUGGCUUUAUGGGGCCUUCUCAAGGUUCACCGGUCCGUCAUGUUCAAUAUCCAACUCCUGGAGCCAAUUAUAAUCCUAUGUCGCCGACAAAUCAAGGAGUCUAUAUGUAUGGACAACCACCAAUGGGUCAGUAUCCUAUGCAAAGUUACAACAUGCCGCCAAUGAAUGUGCCGGUACACAUGAUGUCGCAAAUUCCUAAUCCGGAGCAACAACCAUCGGAUCCGUCCAUGCAAGGACAAGAGAAUAUCGGUCGAGUGUCUAUAUCAGGCCCAGGAAUGAUGCCUCAAAUGACACCACCUAUUCAACAACUUCAGCCACCAAACAAUCAUCAGAUAUCUGGGCCCCAGCAACAGGGUCCUCCGGUACACGUGCCAACAGGACAAGCUUCAACUGGCAGGCAUAUGCCGCCUCAGCAAGCUGCCUCGUCUCAAAUGCCGCAGCAAGCUCCUCCGACUCAAAUCGGCUUACCCCCGGCAUCUCAAGGUCACAUGGGCUCCUCGUCAGCAGGUCCAGUAGUUCCAGGAGGACAUAUGCCUACUGGACCCAUGGUUGGUCUUCCGCCGCAAAUCGGAUCGCAACAACCGUCCACCUUGCCUGGUACUCAAGGAUCUUCGAUGCCAGCACAUGUCUAUAAUGCCGCUAUCUCGUCUCAAACUACAGGCGUUAUGCAAGCGCCUGCUGGUACCGGGAACGGUCCCGCACCUGUGACGAGUCAAGCUCUAGCUGGUCCUCAAGUGUCUAGUGUGCCGACAAUGCAACAAGGAAUGCCUCAGAACCCAGUAGCGGCGCAGUCGGUACCGUUUCAACCGGUCCCUCCAGCCCCAGCUCCUGCAGCUAACGAAGCUCCGCAAGACGAGGAAGAUACAAAGCCUAGAACAGCUGAACUGAUCUCUUUCGAUUGAAUAAAUUCAACAUUUUGGCAGAAUAUCAUAUGCAUUUAAGGGGUUAGAUCACUUGGUUCUUCAUGCUUUGUAGUUUGACGUUGAUUUCGAAGCAGUGCAUUUUUACGUAAUUUUUUAUAUAAAAGAGUUGUUAAAUGUUACGAUUCUUUGAUACAUUAUAAUAUAUAAAUAAAUCUAUACGAAAAUAGCUAUUUUGUCAUGAUCGCACAUGAACAAUUAAAUAGUUAUACUCCAAUAUUUUCAAUUUUAAAGCGUAUUUUUUUUUUUUCUUGAAUACUCUAAUAGUUUUAAUUAUCUUCUAAGGAGGAAAAUAUCACAAAUUUUAUUUAUUUUCUAUACUGAUCGAACCCCUUAAGUUAAUAUUUCAUUCUUCUUUCUAAAUUAGAACAUUGAUAUUGCAAGAAUAAGAUUAAGAAAUAACUGGUUAAUAACUUAAUUUAUUGGAUGAAAUAUUACCUUUGACUGCAAAAUCAUAAUUUUAUAUCCCUUUAUUGAUUAUAGUACAAUGCUAAAAACAUAUUUCUAUAAAAUAUAUACGAGAAACGAAUAAAAUAUAGAUUUCACUUAGCAGGAUAUAUAUAUAUAUAUAUAUAUAUGUAACAAUACAGAAUGUUUAAGCUCAUGCUAUGUAUGUUAGUUUUAUAUAUAAUACUCUGUGCAAUUUAUGAUGCCAAAAUAAAACUGUUUUUUGCACUGUA